AUGAGCAGUGGUAGCUCGUCUAUCCAGGCCUUGAUACGAAGACUUCGAGGUAGCCAAUUUACCAGGACCGACCUCGAUUUAGAAGCUCAAACACACAGACCCUCGUCCCUCUGGGUACACCCAUUCAAGCUUCUUGGUCACUCUCUCUUCCGGAACAGGCUCCUCCUCCUAAUCGGCACCAUUUGGAUGGCGUCGUAUCUCAUGCUGAAUGCUACUGCCGCACCCCAUGAGAGAGCAGAUGUGCCUGGCCAGUACGAUGUGGUCAUCUAUGGAAACACAGUCGCCGCCAUUGCAGCAGCCGUGCAGACAAAACGCAUGAAGAAGACAGUGGCGAUUAUCUUCCCCGGCAGCACGCUGGGUGGCCUCACAACAUCUGGCCUUGGCUGGACAGACUCCAAGAACGGGAACGCUGUCGGUGGUAUUGCGAGAGAAUUUUAUGGAAAGGUUUACUCCCAUUACCAAAAGAGCAGCUCCUGGAACCAAGAGACACGAUCAGGCUACUUGGGCCGAAAAAUCGGCGCUCAGCCUGGCCCUGCUAUUGAUGAGAGCAAGAAGGUUCAGUGGACCUUUGAGCCAAAGGUGGCUGAGUAUAUUCUCGAGAAGUGGAUAAAGGACGGCAAGAUUCCCCUUUUCCGUAACCGAGCUAUUGACAGGUCCGCGGGCAGUGUGGUCAAGAAGAAUGGACAGAUUUCGUCUUUCAAGACACUGAACGGAGAUGUCUUCCAGGGAAAGAUGUUUAUUGAUGCCAGCUAUGAAGGUGACCUCAUGGAGGCAGCUGGCAUCCCCUGGCGCACAGGUCGUGAGAGCAACAGUGAUUAUAGUGAAUCAGUCGCUGGCUUUCGCCUCGGUGCCCUCGAGCAACUCUCAAAGGUCGACCCCUACAAGAAGAAGGGAGACUCGAGCAGUGGUCUUAUUGAAGGUGUCGGGCGAGUGGUCAAAAAUGCUGGCGCCCUUCAAGGCCAAGGCGAUGAUUUCCGUCUUCAAUCUUACAACUUCCGCAUGAGUCUUACCAAGCAAACCAGUAACAAAAUUCCCUUCACCAAGCCUGCCGACUAUCGCGAAGCUCAAUAUGAAUUGCUCCUGCGAUACUUUGAAUCAGGUUACACGGGAACUCCUUUCACCAGCCAACUUAUGCCCAAUAUCAAGACCGAUUCCAAUGCCCAGAGCCACGUCAGCACUGAUCUUAUCGGCGAGAGCUUUGAAGAUAACGGCAACUACGCUACAUGGUCUUAUCAGAGACGUCGACAGGUCUAUGAGCAACACAAGUCUUAUACUCAAGGUUUCUUCUGGACAUUGGCCAACCAUCCUCGCGUCCCUCAAGACCUACGCACCCGGGUCAGCGAAUGGGGAUAUGCCAAGGACGAAUGGGUUAACAAUAAUAACUGGCCCUACGAGAUCUACAUCCGAGAAGGUCGUCGUAUGAAUGGUGGCUAUACCAUGCGCCAAAGCGACAUUCAAUCGCCCCCUGCACGCCCCAACAACAGUGUUGGCAAAGGUGCCUACUCCCUCGACGUGCACCAAGUCGAGCGCGUCGUUGUUGAUGGAAAGCUGCGCGAUGAGGGCAAAGUGCACAUUGCCACGCCAGGCCCCUUCAAUAUUCCCUACCAGGCCAUCUGCCCCAAGUCGGAGGAUGCAUCAAACUUCCUCAACCCUGUUACCAUGAGUGCAACUCAUAUUGCAUAUUCUGCCAUUCGUAUGGAGCCUACGUACAUGGUUCUUGGCCAGAGUGCUGCCACUGCGGCAUGUCUUGCCAUUGAUCAGGGUGUCAGUGUUCAGGACGUGGAUCUUCCCACAUUGAUAGCUAGACUGAAGGCGGACAAGCAGGUGCUAUAA